UAGAGAAAUAGGCAAGAUUUGAGGGUUUCACAGCACUGGUCGAGAACAGAAGAGGAAAGAAGAAGAAAAAUGCCGUGCCUUAACAUUUCGACAAACGUGAAUUUGGAGGGAGUUGAUACUUCCUCUAUUCUUUCUGAAGCUACCUCUUCUGUUGCCAAACUCAUCGGCAAACCAGAGGCCUAUGUCAUGAUUGUGUUGAAGGGAUCUGUUCCCAUGUCUUUUGGGGGUACAGAACAACCAGCUGCCUAUGGUGAGUUGGUCUCCAUUGGGGGCUUAAAUGCUGAUGUUAACAAGAAGCUCAGUGCUGCAAUUGCCGCCAUACUUGAGACCAAACUGUCCAUCCCCAAAUCUCGAUUUUUCCUGAAAUUCUAUGAUACUAAGGCCCACCAAAGUCAAGAAUAUGCACAAUGUCUGCAUGCUUUACACCAGUGCUAGAUCAUGGUUCCUUCUUUGGCUGGAAUGGAUCUACCUUCUGAAUUUCUAUUUCACAAUUGGUCAUCUUUGAGCCACUUAUGAACUGUAUGUAUGUGCUUGGAUCUGUAUUUGCCAAGUAACUUGAUACUAUAUCUUUUCUUGUUACUACUUGGAAUGAUGAAUGUCUGGUCCUUGUUGUGACCGAUGGAAUUAUCCUGCUUCUAAGCCCUAUAUUUGAUCUUGGAAACGUUGUCUUGAAUAGAAGUUUCGAGCUAUCAGCACUCUUAUGCUGACAUGAUAUCGUUAAAGGAAUAAGUUGUUUCUUGGAAAUAUAGCAACUCAUGUUGUCAUCGCUGAGAUUAUUUUGUU